GGCGGUGGGUGCCUCUCCUGGGAGCAUAAUCAAGGCAGGGGUUUUCUAUCCUGCUAAGCUGCCCACACACGCAGAGGACUGGCCUCACGAUUCUGUGAGGACAAUCAUUUGUGGACUAGCCUGGACCAGCUUGGUAUCAUAGAUGAAACCCCACACACGCUGACGAUUAUCGUCAAGGAUUGGCAUGAAGACAGACAUCAAGGCGCCAGUCGUCUGGGUGUGUGGAGGGAUCUCGCGCCAGUCGUCUGCAUUAAAUGGACUCACACCGCCAGUCCACUACUUUCGUUCAGUUGUGAAGAUCUGGAAGGGUACAUAGCUAGACUUGGACGUUUGCAGAAAGCCAUUGUGUUGUGACAAUGUCUUUAAACGUGAAAUAUAUGUCCCCUGAUUUUAUUCGAGACUUUAUAGAAAUGUACAGGAGCUUCCCAUGCUUGUGGAAAGUGCGUAGUGCUGAGUAUUCAAAAAAACACAAAAGGCAAGCUGCUUAUGAACAGCUAGUUGAGUUGUGCAAAACAGUGAAUGAAAAUGCCAACAUUGAAUAUGUUAAAGCCAAAAUUUGUACAUUUCGCGGCUCAUUUAGAAAAGAACUUAAAAAAGUCAGGGAUUCCAAAAGAUCAGGGGCUGAUGAGGUGUAUGUGCCCAAGUUAUGGUAUUAUGAUCUGCUGUUGUUUACUGCUGGUCAAGAAACACCGAGGGAAUCAACUUCAAAUAUACCCGUGGAUCAAGAAAGGAGUGACACCCAAGAAACAGACACGGAAGUGGUGGAUGGCGGUCAAAGACAGGUGGAAGGAGUUCAGGACUCACUGGAGACACCCAUGAAUGCUGGCACUGCCUCGACGAAACCUACUACUUCAGUUUCUCGUAAAAGAAAGAGUGAUGUCGAUGUUCGUAAACAAAGGCUCUUGGAAAAUACAGAAAAGUGUUUAGAUCAAGAGGAAGACGAAUAUGAUAGUUUUGGUAAAUUUGUAGCAGCAAAGUUGAGAAAGAUGAGUGAAACACAAUGUCUCUUUGCUGAGAAACAAAUCAUGGAAAUAUUAUAUAAUGGUGCAAUGAAUACCAUUUCUACAAGAUCUGGAGUGUCCAGUGGGAAUGAAUGUAAUAACAGUAUCGGGGAAAGUUCCAGCUCAAUACUUUCUAUCAUACCUGACGUGUAAGAUGUGUCAUUUUCAUGUGAUCGUCAUGUAUUGAGAUCGUGUUUUAACGAGUGGAUUACAUAAUUAUUUCUAAUGGUAUAAUUAAUACCACUGAUGUGUCUGCCCUUACAAAGGAAUUUUUAUAAACAGCAAUUUUUUGUUUUUUUACUAACAUAAUUAUAUGACUGACAAGCAUUAUUUCUGUUUUUUUCGCUGGAUUUCAAAUAUAAAUUACAAAGACAAGGAUGGCGAUUUUUAUUUAUUUAUUUAUUUUUUUUUUUUUUUUUACUAAGAAGAUGAUUACAGUAC